CUAAGACCAUCAAACCAUAAUUAUUAAUUUUAUAUGCUCUUCUUCUUCUCCUCAUUUUUCCAACCUUGGUGUCAACUUUAUGAUGUCCACUAUCGACUGUCACCGUAAUAAUUUGAAUUAAGAAAAUUAUGAUUUCUUUUUGCGAAACGGUUUGAAUGGUUUAUUAGAUAUUUUGGUGAUAAUAUGAAUUCAACAAAAUUGUUUAUGGUCAAUGACAACUUAAUUCUCAGAUCAGUGUAUUAUACAAGUUUUAUAUGUUAUAUAUCAUGAACGAUUCUAUCAACGGUUCACCAACGGUUUUAUAACAGUUAAAUCACUGAACCCUAAACCACUAAUUUUUGCGGUUCAGCCAGCCUCCCAUCCAGUGAAAACAGAGCUCACUAGGGAUGGCAAUCAAACCCAUGGCCGCGGGUACCCGACCGCCCCGACCCAGUCAACGCGGGGAAUCCCCGCUUUGACCGGGUAUGGGGCGGGUAUGGGUAAAACCCGCAAAAAGUUUGAUGGGUAUGGGGCGGGUAUGGUUUUAGUCUCCCCCGCCCCAUACCCAUACCCAUACCCGCCCCACCAAGAGAAUUUCUUCACAUAUAAAAAAUAUGUGGAUUAAAUUGUAAUCUAUCAAUGAUGAUGAUGAUAACUUGAGAAAAUAAAUAGUAGAAAUACAAUUGAGUAACCACCUUAAACAAAACCUAAUUCAUUUCCCUCAAUUAUCCUUCCACUCUUUCACUUUCCCCCUUGUCAACAAGAUUAUGUUAGUUAAUUAUUACUUAGUAAAUGUAUCAAGAGUUAGAGCAUAAUAAUUUAAAAAAUAUUGUAGUCUAUAUUAUGUAUUAAUGGAUGUUUUAGGAUCAUAUUCUUUGAAUCGUAUUUAGAAAAUGACCGUGUUUUGUUGACUUCAUGAUAUAAUAGGUUUGUUUAUGGUUAUAAUUAAAACUUUUCUUGUAAGUUUUAGGUAUAAUAAUGUUGGAUGUACGGGGAUGGGUAUUACCCAUGGGUACCCGAAACCCACGGAUAUGGGGAUGGGUUUGCAAAACAUUCCCCCGUAUGGGUAUGAGGCGGGUAUGGGUUUGGGUAUUUGAAGAUGGGGAUGGGGAUGGUUUAGGCAAACCCGCCCCAAACCCGCCCCAUUGCCAUCCCUAGAGCUCACAAGUGAAAACCGCAACACAUUAGUCCCCAUUCAUGGUCAAAAUGUUCUCUCCCUCUAUCAUUACCCUCUACCAAGAACAAAAAAACCUGAGAUUCCAAAAAGUCCUUCUCCGUCCGUUCCUCUGUUUUGGACCCCCGAUCUCGACUCGACUCUGCCGCCACCUGCAAACUCAGUUGAACGCCACCUUUUCUCCCCUCCCAUACUCUGUUUUCCGUCGCCUUUACAGGGAAAGUUCCAUUUCUCUUUGGGAGAUUCCAUUUCCCAAUUUGAAGUUAUAAAAACUACUUCUGGAGGAGUUAGCUUCUUUGUCAAAUUAUAAUGUAAGGUGCCCUUUUCCCUGCUCCGUUCAUUGAGAGACUCCAAGGGCCUCCAUUCUUUUUUGUUCUUCUUGGUCUAAAGAAUCUAAGGGUGCCCUUUUCCCUCUGCUCCAUUCUUUGAGGGACUACAAGGUCCUCCAUUCUUUUUGUUCUUGGUCUAAGAAUCUCUCCCACAAAAAGUACUCAUUUAUACUCUUUAAUAAGCUGAUCAUAUAUAUUGAUCACUAGCUCCCAUCAGCCUUGGCUUCCACCCACCUGAAAAAACAGGGGAAAAACAGAGCAGAGCAAAUUAUCAAAUGAGACCCUCCUUUGCAUCUCUUCUUGCUGCCCUCGUAAUCUUCUUCCUUUUCGUCGCCCAGCCUCGCUUUGUGCAGUCCCGGACUCUGUUAAAAUUUCGCGACCAUGCGAAUAGCGAAGUUGCUGCCACAGCUACUUCAUCUGCAUCUGGUGCUGCUGCUGCUACUGACCAUGUCGAGAGAGCUUCGGAGAAGGUGAAGGAUCAUGGCGGCGGAGGAGGGGAAGAUCCUGGUCCGGCGGCGGUUGUGAAGAGUAACUUGGCAUCGGGGCCGAGCAGGAAAGGUGAAGGACACUGAUGAGUUUCCAAGAGGGAAGGUCUUAUAUAUGUAUAUCAGGAGGGUUAUAGACUAUGGCUGUACAUUUGUUGGUUGGUUCUUUUCUGUGGUGAGAAUUAGUAUAUAGAGUUAGGAUAAUGAGUGUGAUUAGUUCGGGGUUGGGGAGCCAAGAAGAGGAAGAAGAAGAGGAAGAAUUGGAUGGUGGAAUUCUUCCUGCAAAUAUUAUAUCAGACUGUUGCUAUUCCCUUUGUAAACAAAACGAAAUGAAAUUCAUUUACCAGA